UACUUAAAGAGCGCCUAACGGUCACCUAAGGCUCACCUCUGUUCUGCGAUUAGGUAGAUCGGGGUGGGCCAGGUAGUUCACAUUUGAAAGGAGCCCCCGCCCCAUGGUGAUGCAGGCGACCAGGGGGCCGCACCCUGAGAAGCCGCUGAUAACCGGUUGACUUCACAAACGGCGUCAUGCUGCGCACCCUCGGCACCACCAACGCCCAGGCUCCGGGCCGACCCAUCUCUGCCGGCGUCCGCCUGCCCCACCCAACACGCCCGGGUGGGCUGCGGGCGGACUUCAGUCGGAUGUAGACCUGGGCGUUGAAGUGCCACGGCCGGCCACUCCCUGGCUUCCACUUCGGCCAGCCACCGACACCCGCCAAGACCCGAAACUUGGGGACCCAGGAGCCUGUAACGCGGCCUCGCAUUGGCUCAGUUCGGCACCGCUUGGCUGGAACGCUUCUAAAGGCUUUGAGGAUUGGCUGAAGCUCCGGGCGACGCGUCCAGUGGCGGAUAGGAUCGUGUUCUAAGGGGCGGGUUUCGCCUGGACCCCGCCUCCCCCUGCGGCCCGCUUGGCUCCACAUCAGCUUCCGUCAGCUUCCGUCAGCCUCGCUUCUGAAGGUGCCUCCCGGUGUUUCUUUUCUCCAGCACAGGGUUGAAUUAUCCUAGCUGCCGUCCUGGAUCACUUCUCCUCCGCCCCGCUAGGGCCCUGUUGCUCCAAGGUUGAAUUUGGGGCAAGAACGGGGCGAGGGCACCAGAGUUCCGUUGUCCUUGGAGGCUGCGGUAGCAGCAGCAAGCCACAUGGCCGCGACUGUGAGCGCUGGCCACUGCGCAAACAUCGGGAGAACGUGACUGACGAUGCCACCAGGACCUUGGGGAAAGGGAGCCUCCCCCCUGGGCCAGUCCCAGAGGGCCUGAUCCGCAUCUACAGCAUGAGGUUCUGCCCCUAUGCGCACAGGACCCGUCUGGUCCUCAGGGCCAAAGGCAUCAGACAUGAAGUUGUCAACAUUAACCUGAGAAACAAGCCUGAAUGGUACUUUACAAAGCACCCUUUUGGCCAAAUUCCUGUCCUGGAGAACAGCAAAUGUCAACUGAUCUACGAAUCUGUCAUUGCUUGCGAGUACCUGGAUGAUGCUUAUCCUGGAAGGAAGCUAUAUCCAUAUGACCCUUAUGAGCGAGCUCGCCAAAAGAUGCUAUUGGAGCUAUUCUAUAAGGUCCCACAUUUGACAAAGGAGUGUCUGGUAGCCUUGAGAUGUGGGAGAGAAUGCGCUGAUCUGAAGCUAGCCCUGCGUCAGGAGUUCUGCAACCUGGAAGAGAUUCUUGGCUAUCAGAACACCAUCUUCUUUGGUGGAGACUGUAUAUCCAUGAUUGAUUACCUCUUUUGGCCCUGGUUUGAGCGGCUGGAUGUAUAUGGAAUAGCUGACUGUGUGAACCACACCCCCGCGCUCCGUCUCUGGAUCGCAGCCAUGAAGCAGGACCCCACAGUCUGUGCUCUUCUCAUAGAUAAGAACAUCUUCCUGGGCUUCCUGAAUCUCUAUUUUCAGAACAACCCUGAUGCCUUUGACUAUGGACUAAAUUGCUGAAGCUCACGAUCCAUCUCUUCACCAUCCAGAAUUCCCAAGCAUGCUGUGAUUCUGCAGCAGCACUUGUUUUGGUAGGGCAGUCUAUCUCUGUUCAUUUUCUUUGAGGCUCCCAAUAAACAUGAGGACAGAA